AUGGAAAUUAAUUACUCAAAUGCUUAAAUGAAUAUUCUAUAAUAAAUAAUAAAGCCUGAAUAUAUUAUUUAUUACAAAGAUUGGUUGAAUUGUUCUAGUGAAAAAGAGCGCAGAGGCUUAUAAUUAUUAGGAGCAAUAUAUAAGCAUAAAGGCCAUAAAAAAUUCAGAUCAAAGCCUCCAAGUGUAUAACUAUAAUAAAUUACUUAAUAAGAAGAAUGCAAUUUUUAAAAAGCAGAAGAAAUGUUUAGAAAAAGCUAAAUUACUAGUUCUUAUAGCUAAGAAUAUGGUUAUUUAUAGAAAUUUUUGAAACCUUAAAAGAAUGUAUUUUAGUGUAAAAAAUGUUCAGAAUUGCCUUUUUCAAAACCAUUAACUGAAUUGACAAAACUUUUUGUCGAUAAUUGGAUUGAUCUAAACGAUGAAUUAGAAUUUUAAGAACUUGUUUUGGCUUGUCUUCGCUCUUUAUAUUCCCGUUAACUUGCUUAAGAAGUGCCAAGAAGUGAAACUAAAAUGUAAUAUAAUGGAAGUGUUGAUUGGAAACUAUCAAAACCUAUAAGAGUUGAUUUAGCUGGAAACGAUUUGAAAUAAUAUAAAGCUAAUUAUAAUGCAAUAUUUAAAUAGAGACUUAAAUAAGAAUUAAUUAAUGAAAAAUUAAAAGAAUUGGAAAAAACUGACUUUGUAAAGUCACUAAAAAUAUUCAAAGCCUUCAAAAUAAAUUGA